GCUUUUUGACUUCUCAGCUAGUAGACGCUGUGAAAUGUCUCCCCCCUCUUGAGUGUCGGUCCUUUUCAGGACUUGUUAGAGGGCGGUUCCAGUCAGGGACGCCGCCUGAGGCCCCUUUUGAGGCCCUGUUGCAGGCUUUUUGGGGCGGGGGAAGAGAGGGGCGGGAAGAGAGGGGGGAGGGGACGUCUAGACACAACGGGAGGAUACAGGAGACGUCUAAACACAACGGGAGGAUACAGGAGACGUCUAGACACAACGGGAAGGUAAAGAGGACGUUUAAACACAACAAGAAGGUUAAGGGAAUGUCUGAACACAACGAAAGGAUACAGGAGACGUCUAGACACAACGGGAAGGUAAG